CACCCCACAGCAGUCACCACUAGCUUCAAAGACGCCAACAGGUGUGGUGCGUACAGCCUUCAAGUUCUGGUGACGACCCGACCAUCAUGGAGGGAGACCUCUGUGGUGAUGUGGGUGGUGGCGGUAGCAGCAGCGUGCUCGACCGAGACUUCCGCCACAUAAUCCGGCAGAUACCCCUUGACGACAAGCGCGACCUCAUCCUUCAGUACGGGGAUGAAGCCUCAAAGCGACGGGCGCACGCCAUUGCGGGGGACGGGAAGGCGGCGGACGGCGGGAUGAAGGUCCGGAGCCCACAGGAGUCCGCCGAGGAGGUGGCGAUCUGGGCGGAGGACUUUCCCCCGCCGGCCGCGGUUCUCCCCUUGCAGGAGGCCCUGGACAGGGCCAGCGGCCGCUGGAUCGAUGGCUUCAGAGACGCCGACGGGGUCUCCCAUUUGUGCGGGGUGCCUCCAGAAGAGGUGGAGCUGGAAGAGGGGGUGGUGCGGUGCCUGAUGGUGCUCUUCAACAAGGAGACGGGGCUGUCCAACCUGGAAGGGAGCUCUAACCUUUGGCCCGUCAUUGUGCGGAGCGCCCUGGACUCGACCAGCGAGAGGGUCCGAUCGAGCCUCCUCAAGGUGCUCACGGUCAUGACGGAGACCGGCCAGGACGGCCUCAAGGUCGUGCUCAACGCCCUGGACGUGGCAAAGGCGCAGAAGAACCAAGACCUAAGGUUCUCCUUGCUCGUGGGCGCGCUCUCCAAGGCGGCGGCGGCGGCAGCGGCGGCAGGGGACGGGGGGAGGGGCACGCAGCCAGGAAGCGGCAGCAGCGAGGAGGAGGGAUACGGGGUGGGGGGCACGCAGCCGGGAAUCCGUGGUGGCGGCAACGACGGGGAGGAGGACGGCCACCUCCGGCUGGCCCUGGCGGUGGCGGUGUUCCUCAACACCGUCCUGUCCCGGGCCUUCGAGUUCGAGGAGCGGGUGCUGCUGCGCGGGGAGAUGGUGGCCGGAGGCGUGGUGGCGGCCAUCGCGGGGGCGAGGGAGCGCUGGGGGGAAGACGACGACGACGACGUUGACGACGACAGCGAUAGCGUCGUUAGCGGCGCUGAGGACGGGGGUAGGGUCCACCACCUUCGGGACGCGACGGCGCUCUUCUUCGAGAACGAUUCUUCUGACGAGGACAGCAGCGGCGGCGUUAGCGGCGGAACGGAUUUCGGCGGCAACGGAGGCAGCGUUUCGAAGAAGCGGGUGUUCGUUCCCAGCGGCAGCAGCAGCGGCGGCCCGGCGGGGGCGGGAGUGUUCGUUUCCAACUCGGGGCGAGUGUCUGUUGUUCCACCCAAGAGCCCGGCGGCGGGGAGCAGCACGAGCAGCCUGGCGACGGUGACGGCAAGGUCGAGCUUCUCGUCCACCGGGUCGUCGGUGCCGCGGACCGUGGCGCAGCUGUCGGCCGCUGUGGCCGACGCGCGGUUGCUGGAGCUCAGGAGGGACCUCAUAGCUCAGCUGGACCUGUUCGACCGAGUGGCCGACGAGGACCUGAGGGAUGCCGAGGAAAACGGCGGCACCGCUGCAGACAAGGGAGCCGGCGACGACGAUGACGGCGAAGACGGGGGGGGGUCUGCGGAUAGGGGGAGGAACCAAGCGGCGGGCGGGGCAGCCACGGAGAGCAGCGAGCCAAGGGCGGUGAAGGCCAUGAGGGCCCUCGCGAUGGCCGUGGAGGGCGACGAGGCCGUCAGCGUGGAGCUGGAGCUGCUGGCGGACAAGCUGAGGGUCAUGGGCGGCGGCGGGUCCGGGGGCGGCACGGGCUGCUGCGGCCCGGCGCUGUGGCGCCGCGUAAGGGACCCUGCCCCCGAAACCGUGGAGGAAGGGUCGAAGGGUGGCGGGGAAGGGGGUUCCCCCGAAGGGCACGAAAAAGGGGAAAAAAACACGGGGGGAACACCUACGUUAACGGGGCCGGGGGGCACUAUCCCGGGGGCCACCGCAAGCCCUCCCCCGCCUCCGCCACCUCUUCCCCUGGGGACGCAAGCUGCCGGCGCCGCCGCCGCUUCGCCCCUUGCGGUGGCCACUCUCCCCAACGCUCCGGCGGGGGGCGGAAGCUCGCCCCCGCCGCCGCCACCGCCACCGCCACCGCCGUUGCCCGGCAUGGUCACGAAAGGAGGAAGCGUGCCGCCGCCGCCACCGCCGCUGCCCGGCAUGGUCACGAAAGGAGGCGGCCUGCCGCCGCCGCCGCCGCCUCUGCCUGGCAUGGUCGCCAAAGGAGGUGGCCUGCCUCCGCUGCCGCUGCCCGCGGCGGGGGUUGUUAAGCCGACGAAGUCGCGGCCGGCAGGCCCCGCGCGCCGGGGGGUUCACUGGAACAAGAUCAGGACGGCGAUAACGGGGACCAUUUUCGAGGAGAUCGAGUCGGAGGAGGCGGUGGGGAAAGCUGGAGGCAGACGUGUAUCACACGUGUACGAUCAUGGUACGCACGUACUAUAUCCCGGUUGGAGUCAGCGGCGAAAUAGAAGCGCUCGAUCCUUCAACAGCGUGUCUCCAGAAACAGUCCGCAACGCGGUGAUGUCGAUGGACCUGUCCUUCCUCGACCCGGACACGCUGGAGAAGCUGGAGAAGCUGCUGCCGCCGCCGGCGGAGCUGUCGAUCCUCAAGUCCUUCGAGAGCGACGAUGUCUCGGAGCUCGCCGAGGUAGAGCAGUUUUUGGUGCUGGCGUCCCGGAUCCCCAACUACCAGAUCCGCCUGCGCUGCGCGGGAGACAUGCAAGCCUUCGAGCCGGACACGGCAUCCGCGCUGGCAAAGAUCACCAUCGUCAGCGACGCCAUUUCCCAGGUGACGGACUCGGCCAAGCUGAAGCGGCUCCUCGCCGUGGUCCUGGCGGUGGGGAACUUCUUGAACGAGGGCACCGGCAGCGGUGACGCCAAGGCGAUCACCCUAGAGUCGCUCCUCAAGAUCACCACGGUCAGGCGCACGACGAAGAGACCUUUCGCCGGGGGAGGAGACGACAACCUGGCGCACAGCAUCAUGGAGUGGGCCGCGAAGUCGGAGCCCUCCCUUCUGUCGCUGGGGGAAGACCUGCCCUUGGCUGCGAAGGCGUCUAGGCUGGCCUUGGACGACCUCAAGAAGGAGGGCCCUUUGGAAAACCUGCGAUCGGAGCACACGCGAGUGGAGAAGGCGUACUCGUCGAUGGCCACCAAGUUCGGCGAGGACGCGAAGAAGACGCCGAACGAGGACUUCUUCAAGAUCGUUAGGAGCGUGGUGGUGAUGGUGGAGACUGCUACCCGCGAGAACCAAGAGAGGGCGGAGGCCGAGAAGGCGCGAAUCAGGAGGGAGAAUAGAAACAACAAGAGGAAGAAAGAGAGGGAGAUGGCCAAGGCAUCGAGGCAGCAGAGCGAGGUCGACCUCCAAGCGCUUCUCAAGGGUGGGGCCGGCAAGAUGCGAGGGAUGGUCACUGGGACGGUCAACGUGGAAUACGACCGCAUCAUGGAGGAGAGAGCCAAAGAGGGCGACGCUUUCAAAGAACUCAGCGAAACUACAGACGACAGUGUCAGGGACCACAUCCGGGGCAAGCUGCACUACCAGCGGUCCACUAACAUCUUCGGCAGCACCGGCGGCGGCGGCGGCGGCGGCGGCGGCCACCGCUCGCAUCGCUCCUUCGGCCCCUUGUCCUCCUCGCCCUCCCCCCAGAACGGCGACGGCGGGGGUGACGGGAACGGCCAAUGCGGCCAGCCCUCGUCCUUUUUCUCUGGCUCCAACCACCCCGACCACAAGAAGAAGCAGAAGAAGUCGACGAGAUUUCUGUUGCCGACGCCCGAGGCCGCGGAGGGGCCGGUGACUGCGGCGGCGGCGGGCACGGCCGGGGUAGGCGGCACGAGCAACCAGGAGCAGCGGCGGUUGGGGCGGGAGGCGUCCCUGGUGAAGCACGCGUCCGUCGUGCGGCAGAAUACCGCGCUCCUGCAGGCGCGCUCGUUCUCGAGGGUGCCGAGAGAGGGGGAUCCCGCGGCGGGGGGCGGGGGGGCGGACGGUUUUUGUGCCGGUGAUGCGCCGACGAGGCAGCAACCGGCGGUCGCUGGAGGGGUGGGCAGCGGAUCGAGCUCGAAAUUCCGGCCGUCACCGCCUUAUCCGGCAAGAGGCGGGAACAGCGCUAAGACCGCGCCGCCGUCCGGUGGGAUGCUUCGAACCCGCGCCCUCGGCAGCAGCCUUCAGGUGCCGCUGGAGGAACACGACGACGAGGACGGCGGCGGCAGCUGCAGCGUCGACGGCAGCGGCGGGUCUGACUCCCCCAAGAUCGGGAGGGCUGCCCUACCGAAGCUCUUGGCGGGGACCCGCAGCAAGGCGUUCGAAGCCCGACGAGCCAAGUUCGGCUAG